AUCUGAUUACAUUUUUCUGAAACCAUCUCUUCGGUCUGUCGUCUUUUGUUGGAUUCUUUCUACGGUGUAAUAUAUUUGCAACAAUUAAGACUAUAUAUAUACAUGUUAAAUGGGUCUGAUUUUACAGGCUCAUUAAAUGAAAAUGAUUGAUUUUUCUAAUCCAUCAGUUUUUUUUCACUAUGAAUCAUCUUGUAAGGGCCAUUCAUCACGAUGGCUUUCAAGUCAAAAAUGUCUAUACAUGUUUGACAUGUUCAUUUCUCCGCCGACAGAUCACACAGUCAUCAUUAAAACCAAAGCCACUAGUGGCUACAACCAUAGCUGUUGAUAAGUCCUUACCCAUAUUACCAAAUAUCAAACCAUCAGCAGUUGAGUCUAAAAGUGAUGUUAAUGAAAAAACACGCAUAGAAAAAGAAUGGACGGAAUCAAGAAUACAUUUGAAAGAUUUACACCAGCAUUAUUUAAAGCUUUCAAAAAGUCGUUUAACAACUUUGGUGGUUGUAACAACAAUGGCUGGUUACGCGAUGGCACCAGCCCCAUUUGAUUUAACAUCAUUUAUUCUAUGUAGUGUUGGUACUGGUUUAGUAUCUGGAGCAGCCAAUUCUAUUAAUCAAUAUCAUGAAGUUCCAUUUGAUGCCCAAAUGUCUAGAACUAAAAAUCGAUUGCUUGUCCGAGGCAUAUUAUCACCAUUACAUGCUCUUUCAUUUGCGGCAGUUAGUGGAUCAUUAGGAUUAAUGACUUUAUAUUAUGGCGUUAAUCCUGUAACUGCUGCCCUGGGUGCUGCAAAUCUAAUUUUGUAUACAUCCAUAUAUACACCAAUGAAACGUAUUAGUAUCUUAAACACAUGGGUUGGUUCAGUAGUUGGUGCAAUUCCUCCAUUAAUGGGAUGGGCAGGUUGUACUGGUGGAGUAAUUGAUUCUGGUGGUUUAUUGCUUGCUGGUCUUCUUUAUGCAUGGCAAUUUCCACAUUUUAAUGCACUUUCAUGGAAUCUUCGACCGGAUUAUUCAAGAGCUGGUUACAGAAUGAUGUCUGUUACUAAUCCAGGUUUAUGCAGAAGAACAGCUUUACGCUAUACUAUUGGUAUAUUUGGUUUGUGUUGUGCUGCUCCAUUAUGUGAAUUGACAAACAUUUAUUUUUCAAUAGCUGUUGCUCCACUUAAUGCAUAUUUUGUGUACUUAGCUUGGAAAUUUCAUCAAGAGUCUGAUAGUAAAACCUCUCGCAGUUUAUUUAGAUUUUCUCUUAUACAUUUACCAGCAUUAAUGUUACUACUGUUUGUUAAUAAACACAGUUUAUGGUCAGGAAACAGCAAACCAAAAGAAAAUGGAGAAAUUAUCACAGUUAACAAAGAUGAAAAAAUAAUUAGUACUAUUUUUAAAACACCUGAACCAUUGUAAAUUAAUAUUUAUCAAAGAUACACUAGUUUUUAAUUGUUAUUGAUUAAUUACUUUCAGUUUGGACAUUAAAUAUAGAUACAACCUUGUUUAAAUGAGA